AGGACAAGUUAGUAGUGAAGAACAUGUUUCACAGGCGUUGUAGCAAAUAAGAGAAUCGCAUAGCCAGUACCCCCUAAGUAGGAGUCUGACCGGUCGACAUGAAUCGUUCACCAUCCGCGGACUGGAACUCGGAUUACAACUUAGAAUUUCUUAGGGUACGCGCAUAGUGAGGAGGUGAAGGUGGAGGUGUAGGUGUAGGUGCAGGUCGCCGUUAACGGCGAGGUAAAACAAUUUCAUUAGGUUAAAUGCGUGCGCGCAUGGUGAGCAGGUCGCGGUAGAGGUGUAGCUCGCCACUUACAAGGAGGCGUAGCAGGAUGUUUUUCGAAAACAAACUAGUUUGAUUUACCUCGCUGCCUAGCUCGCGGCUUUGCUCGCUGCUUUAACGUGAUUGGUCCACUCAAGGCCACGCACCCCCCAACCCCCUCUCCCGGUACACCCCGCCACUCCCUUCAGUCUGCUUUCACCCAAGUCAACGUUUAGUUCCGCUUGUUGGUUUCUGUUAGUUUUUGAUAACCUGUUAUCCGAAAUGAAGGAAGAUAUUAUUAUUGCUGUCCAAAAUCGUCCAGCCUUGUGGGACAAGAGACACAAGCAACAUCACAAUCGUCACGUUCUGGACAAGGAAUGGAAGGAAAUUGCGAAAGAACUAAAAGUUACAGAUAAAGUUGUGAAGCAAAUUUGGAAGAACUUGAGGCAAGAAUUCAGAAAACAAUUUUCCAAAACAAUUAAGUCUGGAGCUGCAGCACCAGAAACACCCACAUGGAAAUAUUACGACAGCAUGGCGUUUCUCAAAGACCAGUUUUUGCCCCGCAAAUCAACAGGAAACCUUGCAGAUGUAAUAGCAGAUGACUCAGACCACGACCUAAACGAAGAGGAGUCGGAAGAAGUGACCGAGAUAGGCCAAGAAUGUGAUGAACCUGACAAUCCACAGUUGGACACAGAGAAUCUGACAAUAGUACCGGCGCCGGAGAGUGAAUCACGCCAGCAGCAGAAAUCUCAUGCAUCACGCCCUGCAAUGCCACCAAGAUUUAAUACGAAUGACCUGAUCACAAGAACAGGAUUUAAAAAAAGAAUCACGACACAAGCAGCUAUUGGACGGGAAUUAGUGCAGUUGGAGAAAGAAAAGUUGAAGUUAAAGCAACAGAAAAGUGAGGACAGGGCAAAUGACGAGGAUGUUGGGUUCUUCAACUCACUGCUACCCCAUGUUAAAAACCUGAAUCCUAGAAAGAAAAUGUUGUUCAGGAUGAAAGUUCAAGAAAUUCUUUUUGACAUGGCAUACUCACCCGAACCACCAUCAUCAUUCUCAACAACAUCAACUGUCACUAGACCUACGUCAGUAGACCACAGUACAAGCUCUCAUCGCUACAGUCCCUACGACAGUUCCUCUCCUAGUACCAUGGCAUCACCAUCACCAGUCACCUUCGCACAGCUGGUCCGCGACGUGACUUCACCAUUGAACUACAACCAGGAUGGCGGCGAAACAUAUGUUCCCGAGUACACUCACUUUUAAAAAUGUCUUUGUAAUGCCGUUCAGCUGGCGAUAAAUUAAUGACAGUUUAAUAGUUCUUUACGUUUUUUAUAAGUACUACUAUUUUUCCUUUGCGCAAUUUACUUAAUAAUACCAUUUUUUAAGAUUAUGUUAGGCCUACUAUUAUAACAUUUUCAAACAUUUGCAGCAUUUUUAUGUAGCGUACAUUAAUAUCUUUCGUUUGUAUUUUACUUUGAAAAGAUCCCUGUUAGUUACUAUCAUUUUACCAAUAAAUUGUAUUUUUCAUGAACU